CAGCAGCCUGUGCUGACCACUCCGCUGGCCUCCCGGAGCACAGCUGGACUUGCCCAAGGCACACUGGGACUCAGACUAGGCUCUGGCCUGGAAAUGAUCCUUCUUCAAGGGGUUUUUCUUCUCUCUUCUAGGGAAGAAAACCCACUGGUCUGAAACCCCACUCCACAUCCAGCUUCCUUUGCUAAAUGCCACUGCAGGAAAGAGUGAGUGAGGAUACAUACAGGGAAAGGGAAAAGUCGUGUUUCUCCCCUUGCUUUUCCUUCCCCCCAGAACUCCGGGCUCUGCUGCAGCGGAUGCCCCAGCAGCCACCUCCCUGUGAUCUGCUCGCUCACCGUCAAGGGACCCAGUUGAGGCAGAUGCUGACUCAGCCUGUGCCUUCAAGGGUUCAGAAGCAAGAAAAAUUGGGAAGCUAUGGGCAGGGUACACAGGAGGCCCCCUGGGCAGCACAGACAUUGUGAGGGAUGCAUCAACCGCCACUGCCACGUUCCUGUGGAGCCUGGUGUCUCCUGUCUGGUGAUAAGCUGCCACCUGUUGUGUGGUGCGACCUUCCACAUGUGCAAAGAGGCAGAGCACGAGCUCCUGUGUCCCUUAGAGCAGGUUCCAUGCCUCAACUCCGAAUAUGGCUGUCCCCUUUCCAUGUCCCGCCACAAGCUGGCCAAGCACCUGCAGGUGUGCCCGGCCAGCGUGGUCUGCUGCUCCAUGGAGUGGAACCGGUGGCCAAAUGUGGACUCAGAGACAGCUCUUCAUGAGAACAUCAUGAAAGAGACUCCAAGUGAGGAGUGUUUGGACACAGCCCUUGCCCUGCAGGACCAGAAGGUCCUCUUCAAAUCCUUGAAAAUGGUAGAACUCUUCCCCGAAACUAGAGAUGCCACUGAGGAGGAACCUGCAAUAAAUGGUGAAGCCAGUUGGGAGGAGAUGGCAGGAGCCGUGGGGGGAGUGGGUACCACUUUGGUACCACAUGCAGCCACUAAUGGGGAAAUGAUGGAGUUGAGCCAAGAAGAACGAGAGACGUUAGCCAAAACCAAAGAAGGGAUGGACCUGGCCAAGUUCGGCCAGUGGGAAAACAUGUUCAGCAAAGAGCAUGCGGCCUCUGCUUUAGCAAGUACAUCAGCAAGCCAUGAAGACAAGAGCACAAAAGGCACAGGGAAAGAGCAGGUUUCCAGUGGCAAUAACACGGCAGACACAGAGGGUGCUGCCAAAGGGAAAGAACCCCGGGAAGACCAGAAGCAACAGAACUUGUCUGCAGUCAUAGAGAAGACAGGGCUUGCCCCCUGGCAGGAUGGAGUUCUGGAAAGACUGAAAACUGCUGUGGACGCGAAGGACUAUAACAUGUACCUGGUGCACAAUGGGCGGAUGCUCAUUCACUUUGGUCAGAUGCCUGCCUGUACACCCAAGGAGAGAGACUUUGUUUAUGGCAACCUUGAGGCUCAAGAAGUUAAGACUGUUUACACCUUCAAAGUUCCUGUCAGCUACUGUGGAAAGCGGGCUCGGCUUGGUGAUGCCAUGCUGAGUUGCAGGCCAAGUGAACACAAGGCUGUGGAUACUUCGGAUCUGGGCAUCACCCUAGAGGACCUGCCCAAAGCAGACCUCAUUAAAACCACCCUGCAGUGCGCUUUGGAAAGAGAACUCAAAGGCCACGUCAUCUCUGAAUCCAGGAGCAUUGACGGGUUGUUCAUGGAUUUUGCCACACAGACGUACAACUUCGAGCCAGAACAGUUUUCUUCCGGGACAGUGCUGGCUGACCUCCUCAGCACAACUGACCCGGGGGGACUCCACGUGGAGCUCCACAGCGAGUGUGUAACCAGGAGACACAACAAGAGCAGCUCUGCCUUUACCUUCACCUGCAACAAAUUCUUCAGAAGGGAUGAAUUCCCCCUGCACUUCAAGAACGUCCACACAGACAUUCAGUCAGGCCUCAACGGCUGGUUCCAGCAUCGAUGCCCCCUCGCCUACCUGGGGUGUACAUUCGUUCAAAACCAUUUCCGACCUCCAGGGCAAAAGGCAAAAGUGAUCUACAGUCAAGAGCUCAAAACCUUUGCCAUCAAGCCAGAGGUCGCUCCAGAGCUGAGCGAGGGAAAGAAGAACAACCAGCUCCCAGGGCGUGGAGGGAAAAGCCAGAACUGUCUAAGCAACCUGCCCCUGGAGGUUCUGCAGUACAUUGCCGGGUUCUUGGACAGCAUCAGCCUGUGCCAGCUCUCCCAGGUCUCCACGCUGAUGAGGAAUAUCUGUGCCACUUUGUUACAAGACAGAGGAAUGGUCCUCUUGCAAUGGAAGAAGAAGAGAUAUUCCCAUGGAGGCUCUUCCUGGAAAGUCCACAGAGAGAUCUGGCAGUUCAGCAGCCUGUUCUCCAAAAUCAAGAGCUGGGAGUUUAAUGAAGUUACUUCCAUGUCUGAGCACUUGAAGUCCUGUCCUUUCAACAUUGUAGAGCACAAGACAGACCCGGUUCGUUUGACCAGCAUGUGCCAACCCCGCGAGCAGACCCGGGAGAGCCUAGUCUCCACCUUUAGAGCCAGACCACGAGGAAGACACACCUAAAGAUGCAGAUGCUGUCACUCCUGGACUCCCCGUGGAGCUAUUGGAAGCAAGAUGGCGUGGGGUUUGAGGGCUUGCCUCUGUAACUGUGUCUGGGUCCCGGGGUGUGUUCGAACACGCAGUGUCCUUCCAACCUCAGCAGCUGCACCUGGCGUAAGAAUUUCCUAAGCUAUGGCGUAUACCACAGUGCCCCAUCAAUAUCUGUUUUCUUUUCUUAAAUAGAUCGAUCUGAGGAGACAAUAAAUAACUUGAGGCCAUUUGAAAAAUGAACCCAAAUCUUGAGAUGAGAAAACAGUGAGAUUUCAUAACCAGCACAAGCCCGGGGUUUUACAGAGGGUUUUUUUUUUUUAAAUUUACAAAGCCCUCACAAAUUCCUGGGCAGACAAUGAAGGACAGCAACUGAGAUGCAGAGUUAUCUUCCAGCCCGAAGGUUGGGUCUGUCUUCCAGGCAAGUCCAGAGCUUCUUCAGUCCUCUCAUUGCCUUGAAGCCCAGAUGGUCUCAGUUCAGCCUAACCAAAUAAAGCUGCCGUGAGGACAUCACAGACCAAAGGAUGAAGGCAGUAAUGAGGUCACAGAAUCUAUUCUGUAGAAUCUUGGCAACAGACAGAAGGGAAGCAAUGAGAGAUUAAGGAGAGUCCAGAGGAGACACUAUAUUUAUGGAGGAAGUUGGGAUCAGAACCACAUCUAUUUCUUAUCAUAUUAAUAGUGAUUUAAGAGUCAAGGAUGCUCUUUCUUAAAAAGAAUAUUCGUUCUAGGUCUGGGAUAGGAAUAGUAUAGGCAUAGCCAGUGUCACUCCAUGUCAUCAGAAAUGACAGUUUAUAACCCCAACCUCAGUGUCACACCAGAUUGCACAAGGUAACCCAAGGACAUCACACAUUUGGCAAAGUCCAGACAAAGUCCGCCAAAGUUCUGUGGCAUCAGCCACCAGGCCCCAGACACCCCUGAGGUGCUAUGUAUGGGUUUUUGAAGAGGAACACAUGUGAAUAUAAUGGUUUCCUGAAGUUGCUCCUACCAAUUACUGGUCAUGCCUGCAGCCUGUCAAAAAUGGGUGGUACUGCUAUUUCUGGUAACAAACUGAAUAUUUACGUGAACAGAAAUUUUAAAAAUUACAAUAAAAACCAACAUCUCCUA